AUGUGGAAGUCAUUCAAGGAAAAGCAUGCUAGCAAGUUCGGAUCCGGGCCCUCGCCGUCGCCCACUCCGCCGAAGAGCGACCGCGACCAAGACUUGACCACCAUCUUGGAUCGCCCUCAGCGAGCCGACCUGACAGUUCUUGUCGCGGAAAUCACCCAACACAUGCGAGAUGCGAUCGUUCAGAACUUCCACGGCCCAAUCUCGAAGGAGGAUGACCCCUCACGUGACCAAGCAGCACAUGAACAGGACAAAGACACCGAUCCCCUGUCUGUUCAGUCGGAUGGGCAGAGUGAGGAAACCGCAGCUGUGACUACUACUACUCAGUCUGAAUACAAGCCCACCGCGCAAGAUCUCAAAUCAGAGGCCAAGUCUCUGAUCAGCUUUGAUGAUUGGAGAGACUCGGUCCUACUGAGGAUUGGUGAAGUUGUGAACCGAGAUGAGGAAUCCGAAGAAGACCCCAGUGAAUCAGACCCACCUCAACAAUUGCAUGAGCCGGAAAUAGACGAGGACCAAGGUUCUCUGGAGAAGCAACGUGAAGUGUACCGACCUGUUGAGACCCCUCUUACGCAGCUACCCAAGGCUAAAAGACUACUGAUUCUUCACUCGCUACUGCUUCUAAUGCUUAGUCUUGAGCACUAUAACGCUCGCUCACGAGUUCUAAUGCUGUAUGUAGCGUCAAGUCUGAAUCUCGAUGUCACUAUCCUCAAUGGCGACGAGAGCAAGGUCGCACGUGGAUUGCUUGACACUGCUCUUCAGCUUGCGAACGCCGAAGAAGGCCAAGAAAAGAAACGUGACUCCUCCAGGAAAUGGAAGGUUGGCAUAGCUUCUGUGGCAGGAGCUGCACUGAUCGGCAUCACUGGCGGACUUGCUGCGCCGCUGGUUGCAGCUGGCCUUGGCACAGUCUUGGGAGGCCUAGGCCUGGGUGCUACGGCUGCUGCAGGGUAUCUAGGUGCCCUUGCAGGUAGCGGAGUAAUCGUGGGUGGUCUUUUCGGUGCCUACGGGGGUCGGAUGACGGGGCGCAUGGUCGACAAGUAUGCCCGUGAGGUGGACGAUUUUGCUUUCCUACCUAUUCGGGGCUCUCGACAAAGGUCUGAAGAAGAAAGGGAAGCAGCUCAGAAUGAUCACAUGCUCCGAGUCACGAUCGGUAUUACCGGCUGGGUCACUGAAGAGGACAACUUUGUUGUCCCCUGGCGAGUCAUUGGAGCCGAUUCCGAGGUUUUCGGCCUGCGCUGGGAAACAGAGCCUUUGAUGAAGCUUGGAAACGCUAUGAACCUAUUGGUUACAAGCGCUGCCUGGGCAGCGGGUGGGCAGGUGCUUUCCCGGACCAUCUUCGCGCAGAUCAUGAGCGCCGUGAUGCUUCCUCUUGGUCUUCUCAAGGUUGCCCGUGUGGCUGAUAACCCGUUCAGCAUUGCCAAAGCCCGAGCAGACAAAGCGGGCGAGGUCCUUGCGGAUGCGCUGAUGAGCAAGGUUCAGGGUGAGCGGGCCGUCACACUGAUAGGCUACUCGAUGGGCUCUCGUGUCAUCUUCUCCUGCCUGCAAAGCCUGGCGAAGCGGGGCGCUUACGACCUGGUGGAAUCGGCAAUCCUAAUGGGGUCACCUACUCCGUCCAAUGCGUCACACUGGCGUCGUCUCCGGAGCGUUGUUAGCGGUCGGCUGAUCAACGUGUACUCGGAGAAUGACGCCGUCCUCGCUCUUCUCUACCGGACCAGCAGUCUGCAACUCGGCGUGGCAGGUCUCCAGCCUGUUCAGGACGUGCCCGGCGUUGAGAAUCUGGACGUUAGCGAGACCGUCAGCGGCCACUUGCGCUAUCAGUUUCUCAUCGGGCGCAUUUUGGGUCUUGUUGGCCUGCAGAGCGUAGAUGCCAAGGAGGUGGCUCGGGAGGAGGCCGCAUUGGCAGUGAAGGACAAAAAGCAAGAGCAGGAACGGAUCCAAAACGAGCGUCGCGCAGGGGUAAAGGGCGACGAGUCGGCACAGCAAGUGUUGGACAACGGUGAUGGAACCGACGAGGAAGCAAUGCAUGCUGAGGUUGAACAGGAGACGAGGGAUCGACUUUCGCGCAUGGAGGUGUCCGAAGGAAGCGAAGACCAACCAGCCCGAUCUGAAUUCAAGAUCAAGAGACGCCCACUUCCAUCAGAGCAGAGCUAG